UACGUAGCCGCGUGCCAUGGCGGGAAACAAAUUGAGGAAAACAAACAAACCAACAUUUUGCUUCAUUUAGCACACAGUACGAUUGUUUUGGUUUUCAUGAUGGUGUAAUUUCUUUUUGUGAACCAUCAGAUCAAAUAACUGUGAAUCAAUUACCAUAACAUGUGUUAUCCGUAACUAUCACAUUUUACCAAUUAAAGCAGUUCCUUGUUUUGGUCUAAUUACUCUACUUUAUUUAUUUUUUAUUAAUCGCGGCAAUAAUUGAAAUGGAAUCAAACCUAAAUGAACCAAUAUCGAAAAUGGAUAAGUACGAUAUGUUACAUACAAAAAGACCAUGGUACAAAUACAUAACUGUAGAACCAACAAUGUUUUUUUACAUGAUGGCCUUUAUGGUAACAAAUGUAAUAGAGCAAACAUUUUAUGUGUUUCGUGCUUGCACUGUUGACCAUGGAUACAGUGAAGAGAUCUGUUAUGAAAUAAAUAAGCAUGAAGAGAUUAACAAUGAAGUUCAGGUUACAACAUCAAUAUUUCAUCAGUGGAAUGGCUUAGCGAGCCACAUUGUGCCUCUUCUCCUGGCAUUUUUCUUGGGCUCAUACAGUGAUAGAAGAGGAAGAAAGUUUAUUCUUCUUGCUGGCCUUAUUGGGAAGCUUUACUUUUCAGCAAUGAUUACAUUAAAUACAGUUAAAGCAUGGCCGCUUAAUUACGUGAUUUACACCGCAACCUUUCCAAGUGCGCUCACCGGUGCUGAUCUGGCCAUCUUCGCGGCCUGCUUCGCUUACAUCGCCGACGUGUCUUCCGUAAAGAACAGAACCCUAAGGGUGGGCAUUCUAGACGUAGUAUACUUGUCAACUUUACCCACAGGAGUCGCUAUAGGAAACCUUCUGUACAAUAAUGUGGUCAAUAGGUCAUUCACAGCGAUGUUUGCUAUCAACACAUGUCUCAUGGUUGUCGCGACGCUGCACUGCCUUAUAUUCUUAGAAUGGCAGACCAGCCCCGCGCAGAAAUCCCUUGAGGAAACCGGAGUCAAAAAUCCUAUAGCAGAUUUCUUCGACUUGAAAAAUAUUAAGAGAACUUUCAUUACAUUAACUAAGAGGAGAAAAGAGAAUAGAAGAUUGUUCUUAUGGUUCCUGUUGAUAUCCAUGGCGUUUUAUACAUUCCAAAGAGAUGAACGUCCAGUAAUGUAUCUGUACACAUCGCUCGUGUUCCAGUGGGACACGAGCGCCUUCAGCCACUUCAGAACUUACCUCAGCACCGCGUACGUUAUCGUCAUGCUGUUUGGCAUCCCGCUCAUGACGAAAGUAUUCAAGUGGAGAGACACUACGAUUAUAAUGUUGGGCGCCGCAGCUCAUAUAUCCGGGCAUUUGUUCUACGCGCACGCGACAUACGAUAAACUGAUGUACGUGGGUGCUACGGCGGCCGCUCUAGGUCCCUGCGUGGCACCGCUCAUACGAUCCAUGACUUCUAAGGUGUUGCCAGCAUCGGAAAGAGGUGUGGCGUAUGCAUUUCUAUCAGUAAUGGAGAAUGCUGUGGCGAUGUUCGCUUCCGUCAUUUACACUCAACUAUACAAAGCCACAAUCAAUACCGAGAAUAUCAACUCGAUCUUCUACCUCACGAUGAUUACACAAGCCUUUGUAUUUUUGCUAGCACUGACAAUGGAGCUUCUUCUAAAAGGUAAAAGCUUAGAAGCUUUAUCUGAAGAAAAACAUAUAACAGAUACAUCAUGAUAUCAUUUAUUUCGUUUAAAAUGAAACAUAAAUUAAGAUAUUGUUGAACUCCACUAUUGUUAAAACUAUUUAAAUUUCUUAUUGAUCGCCAAUUAAACAUUGACACAACAAUCAAAAUAUUAUAUAAAAUCAAUAAAUUACAAUCCAAGAUUUUAAUCAUACAAAUCAAAUUACAAUUUAAAAAUACUAAUAAUUUAUAAUAACAUAAAUAAUAAAACUGCAAUAAAAAAAAUAUGAAUUAUAAAAGUUAUAUCGCAUACAUUUAUUCCUGAAGUUGCUAAUGUCAAACAUGAAGAAAUUCAAAUCCCUGGUCUUGCUCACGCUACUCCGACCUCUAUAUGACUAAAUAUUUUUUCAUAUUGCAUUUUGACCUAUAGACCAGGGUCGAUAAUUUAAAAAAUGGUAAAAAGUGAAAAAAAAUUAUAGUAGUAGGUUUUUUGUUUGUUGAAAUCUCUACUUUCUGAUGGUAUUAAAAAAAAUAUGCACUACUAUGGUAAAUGUUCUCAGAAAAUGCAAAUUAAUAAUGAAAAAAUCUCGAAUCCGAAUUUUUUUUUAAUCAUUAUGUAUAAUUUUGAGCUAUUUCGAGUAAUUAAAGUGUAAGUCCUGGCCUCAGAUCGCCCGUAAUUUGUUUUUCCUUUUUUUUUUUUUGUUAUAUUCUCUACCUUUUCCAAUGGGUUUCAUCCUACUAUAUUUUUUUUGGUCUCUAAAAUUAUCAACCCUGGUCUACUAAGUUUCCACGAGAAUAUAGUUAAUAUAUCUUAAAUGGCACAGGAUAAAGUAUUAUAAACGGCACACAAUAAAAUAUAGGGUUUAAGCUAAUACAAAAGAAAGGAUGCUAUGUGAGUCAAUGAAGUAGAAAUGAUGAUAGUGUUUGCAUUAGUUCAGAAGCAGAAAGUAUGCUAUUCGCUAGUGUGUAAAAGAAAAACAAGCCCAGCAUGCAACCAUAUGAAAGCGAAUAUUAAUAUAUCUCAAUCUCUUCUGGAAAUUUUAAAGUAUCUUACCCAGAUUACAUGUGGCAUAGAAAUCGAUUUUUUAUGCUUUCCAGUCUUUUUUAUUUACAUAUAUUAUAAAUGGAUUCCAGAUAAAAAACAGCUCAGCAGUUCUAAAACGCUGCGUACAAAUGAUUUCAACAAAAGCAACAUAAGACUUGAAAUAUACAAUCACGCAAAACGAAACCAAAGUUCUUAAAUCCUCUACAGCAAAUUUAUCGAAGUGAAUGUUAAAGCUUUAUUUGCUGUAGUGCAUAUUUUGUGUCGAUGUCGAUAGGAAUUUCAUAUCAAGAUUCGUUACUAUGAAUUUUAUUAAAUAAAAAGUAAAAGUGGAACAGGCACUGCUUAAAUUGGUGUUUCAGAACCUUUUAAACUACAAAUUGCACAAUAUAAAAACAAAAGCUUUCAGACAUGAAACAAUGUACAUACAUUAAAACUAAAAAUAAUAAGAAAAAAAUAAAAGAAUAUCUCAACCAAAAUAUGACAUUUAUUUCAAAACGAAGCAUGAUUUUACAACAAUACAAAUAUUAAUUAUGACAUUUAAAAGCUCUCCUCUCCUGUCCUUAUUGGACAGGCCUUGCCCACAGAGUAGAGUUCAAUUUAUACCGCUGCGGAAGAAGCGAAUUUUGGCAACGAAAUUGUACAUAGCUUAAUAAACUUUAUGUCAAUUUUAUUAGUAAGAUGCAAACUAAAUACGAGCCAAAAUAAAAGGUUGCAGACUCCUCGAGAAUUACCCUAGCUCGUACUUAGUUUGUACGUAUUAUUGACAUUCAAGAUGAUUAUGCUGUGCACAAUUUCGUUAAAAAAUUCGUUUCCAUUCCACAGCGAUGUUAAUUGAGGAAUAGCAGCGACGCGACGGUUUACGGGUAUACCAGAGCUGUUCCAAACCUACGCUUCAGGUGCAACAAAUGUCAAAAAUUAAUGUUUUGACAUAAGUUCUAGUACAUUUAACGUCAAAAUCGAAACGUCUGGUAAAAAGUUGCAAUCAGAGCGUAGGUUUGGAAUGCAGCCCAGUAUCGCUUGAAAAGAUCCCACGGUGUCGCGAAGAGGCGGCCGCGUGACUACUUCGAGAUUUUCAAACGAUACUAAAAUUAGUCUUUAAAGUGUGUAGAUAAAGUUUAAAAGUGUAUUACACCUAAAAGUCGCUGCCAUUCCGGUGUAAAUCGGCCAUAAAUGAGAACGACUAUGUCAUACACACGACUUAUAAAUAACGUCGGAGUAUAUUUCAACUACCAUUGAGCAUUUACAUGAGUGACAGUCAUUACAAUCGCUAAGGAAUAUAAUCACAAUAAAUCACACAAAAGCUUUCAGUAUUGCUAACAAAAUCCCGUAAAAACAUCGAAUUAAUAAAAAUAGAAGAAAAGUACUUAUUGACAACUUCAUAAUAAUAUGAUAGUUGAGUUGCCCCCAACAUUUGAGUAAAUAACUUAAGUCUAUGGCAUGCUGAUCACUUGUUUCUUCUUUCCCUGUUCGUUUCCUAUUAUAUUCUCCCCAAAUCUUUCAUUCCCUAUACGAGCUUAUUAUUGAUAAACAUAAUGAGGGUUUUCUGGAAUGACGGGUACCAGAUGGCAGCACUGGGCCGAAAGGUUUACUCAUCCGUCAAAUCACGUAUGUCUCCAUAGUCUAUGGAUCAAUUUAUAUUCUCGUUCUUUAAAUUCGUGACCUUGUGUCUCAGUGGCGCCUACUGGGGACGAAAAUUUUCCAUUGAAUUGAAAUACCCUCAUUGAAUUGACUUAACUACAAUAUAUAAAUGAAAACCCCAAAAGAUCCUAUCGUACGGAACAGAUUACUAGCAUAAUGUGAAAACAAAAGACAUUAGAAAUAGGUAUUAGAUUAUUGAUCAUGUUAACAUGAGAAGUGUUUAUUAUUGAAAAUAAAUAAUGAAUUUGUUAAAUCAUUGUGAAGUUUUUUUCAUUACAUUUCCAUUAAGCUACAAGACAUCAUACUGUGCUUAGGUCAGCAAAAGAAAAUUCACUUAUAUUUACAAAUUUUGUGACAAAUUUAGCAUCUCAGUCAAUAUUUACAAAUUUUGUGACAAAGGAGAUUGCUCAGCUUCCAUACAUGUUUGGCCUAAAGACCAAUAAUCAUGAAAAAUUGUUUCCUAGAUUCGAAAUUAUAUAUAAAUUACUGUAGAAACGAAUAUUAUUGACGGACACCCCUGAGAACUUCUAUAAACUAUAUACACUGAACAUAUUAAAAUAAUAAAAAACAAAUAAGUUACAUAGUAAACUAGGGAAAUCAAGCCAAGUACCGAAAUUAUGGAUUAGAUUCAGGUAUAUAGAGCAUGUAGAUUAACAGAUAGUUGCCUGUUUUUAAAGUUAAUGCAUAAGAGUAACUUUUAAAAUCAGGUGUCAUUUCCGGUUAUAAUAAGGUACUCUGUGACAGAAACUGUGUGAUGCUUGUGAAUGAGCCACAGAUUAGAGAAAAUUUUUAAACUCUCGUUAACCAAAUAAAGCUAAGAGAUUUAGGUUCUAUAGCCAUAUAUUCAGUAGCUUCAUUAUUUUUGUUAUGUUUUUAAGAUAACUAUAUUUUAGAUUUUUAGUGUAUCACACCUUAUAAUUUUAUUUAUUUAUUAAUUUAUAGUCAGGGAACGUAGGCCCAUAGAUAGAUACCUUAAAGUCUAACAUAUAGUAUACAGAUUAUAAUGUGUUUAUGUGGAGGUGUUUGGCGAAAAAUGUAUGGCAAUAGACUUUAUGAUGUCGCCUACCAUCUAUAAUAAUUGUCUAGGCACAUUUGCAUCUAGUAAAAAUGAUAAUAUAGUUGUGGAUAUUGAUACAGUGUAAUAAACAAAAUGAUUUAUUUUAUCGAUCUUUACAUAAUAGAUUUGUUUUUAUGUUAUAUAAACAACUUCGAUGAGUCUUUGGCUGAAUGUUACUACACCCAUAGCCAUUAAAAAUGAUUCGUAUGUUUUCCAAACCGGUAAAAUUAAAAGUCCUUUUUAAAGUAAAUAUAUUAUACAAAGGUGUCCGUUGAAAUCUAAUGACUGUAAAUUAAAUUAUAAAUUACGCCAAGAAUUACCGUGUAUGACAAUAUUUUUUGUGCAUUUAGGCCAAUUUGAGCAAUCUCCUUUAACAUCUCAGUCAUUUAAUACAAUUAAGUUUUUAUAAAUCGACUGGACAAACUCCAUCCCAGCACCCUCCACACCCAAAUUAGGCACUAUCAUAGCUACCGAGUGUGUGCGUAUCUUUAAUAAAAAAAUAAAAGAAAAUUAAAAUAUGCCUUUGAUAGAUUGCAUGUCUUCACUUUUUAUAUAAAUAAAGUGGACAAAGCACUUAAAAAUAUUUACCUACUAUCAGAAAAUCCUAUUGAUAAAUGGCCUUAGGGCUUAAUCUAUAUAGACGUGGAUAUAGAGGUGCUUAACAAUACACCAACAUUAGCUACAUAAAAUACAUAAAUUCAUACUGGUGGAUACUCGACGAGUACUAUUGCUAAUGCUUCAAAUAAGUCAUAGUUUAAUCUCCCUCCCAGGUAACUUGAAUGAAUUUUAUUAUUAUUACCAUAUUCACGGCUAUAUAAUUCUUUGGUUGAUAAGACGACCCAUUUCAGGGUAGAUUUGACAGAACAAAAACAAUAUGUUUAAUAUUUUAAUCAACACACCACACAUUUGUGAACAAUCAACAUAUUUUUCUCAAAGUAAUCUCUACUACGUUGUUAAUAGCGAAAUAUUUGUCUUGUCAUAAUUAUAUAAUGUAGUCUACAAUAUUCAUAAAAUAGAUACCAUACGCGCAUGUGCUAAGUUUUUGAUUAAAUCCGGUAUCGUUUAUAUAAAUUAGAUUUUAGCUCUCCAAAUAAUUUAUAUCUGUUUACGGGAUAAAACCAAAAACCCACAAUCAUCACUAUUCUAACAGAAAAAAAUCGCUAAAUGCAAACUAAAAAUCAAAAAGCAAUAAAGUCGUUGAAAUAUUUCUUAUACAGAACAUGCAUUUAUGUUUCAUGAUAGCUUCGCUCACCGCACAGCAUAUUAAUUAAAUGGCUACAUAUUAUUCCGAUACACUGGAAAUAUAAUGUCCGUUGCAAUGUAUUUUCAAUACAAUAACAUUAGAGCUCGCCGCAGACGCAAGUAUAAGUUGUUAGGCUGGGGUUAUUGAUCCGGUACGUUCAGCCGCAUUCUGAUGAUGUUGAAAGCGACGAGGGAAUCGAACAGGCGACGAAAAGUGAAGAGAGAUGUGAUCGAUCCAAUCCAGUAUAUAGCCGUCAGUGAUAGUUUCCGGCCGAGGAACCAGUUCGGGCAUUCGGCCAGGAUUAGGUCCCUUGGUGUUCUGUGCGUGAACAUUCGUACCAAGCACUCGGUCCAAGGGAGUCAAGGGAGUCCGACCCAGUCAGCCAAGUACUGCUGGAUUUCGACGCGAGCCUCUUUAAGCGAGGGCAAGUCGCUGUCGGCCGGCGGGUACAUGUUAGCGCAAUGGGCUGUCCCUUUAAUGUAAAUAGCAGGCGCAUUGUUGUCCUUAGUCUGUGUGAUUCCGAGCGCGUGCCAGGGGUCCACGGAGCCGUGCACGAACACCACGCGGCUGACGGCGAUGUCCACACCGCCGUACUUGCUGUUAGUCCACGCUGCAGCGUUGCUCACGAAAUCUUUAUCGAACUUUUCCAAACACAUCUUCACACUGUUGUAUGAAAAAGUCCAAGGUGAAUGCAUUACCAAAUACUUCGACUUCAGCAGAAGAUGUUUGAUAGAAACCAAACUCAGUACAAGUCUGAUACAUCCAUUGACGUGCUUCAUCUCCACCCCAUGUAAUGUUUCUUAAUUCCUGAAUCAUGUUACUGUAGCUAUAGUCCAGACAGGUCUGGUUGUUUUUAUUCAUAAUAAUCGCAUUGAAGUCUGCUAGUCUCUUGUAGGCAGGUUUCUCUUUGCCUUCCGUAAGUAUCUUGCAGAUAGUGUUUAUGGUAACAUUCCUAUAUUCCUCAUUCGCUCCAAUCCUGUUAUCUUCAUUGUACUGUACUACAUCAGCAAAAUCAUCAGCAAUGGAGCUAUAAAAAUUCUUAAUGUCAUCCGGAGAAGCAUCUGAGAAUUUCUUGCAAACUUUGAAUUCUUUUUCUAUUAUUUCUGGUUGCCCUUUCAUCAGAUCAGUGAUUUGUUGAUGAGCCAAUUUCACUUGUUGCACGCAAUCGUCAUCACCAGUUUUUUCACGGAGCGCAUCCACAACAACUUUGAAAUAUUCCAUAAAGUCAACUUUCGCCAGUAAUGGACCACUUGACGACACGGCCGCAUAAAUAAGAUGCGGGUACUUCACGCGAACCCAUGCUGCCAGGGAGCCUGGAUAGGAUCCUCCAAAAGCAAUCCAUUUAGUGUCCUUGGGGAGUUUGUAAAGCUCAUUCAUCUCUUGAAUAAAAUAUGCAAGGUCAUCCAUUGCUUGACUGGACGAAAGAUAUUGCAAAUUUUUUGUAGACAUGUCUCUGCAAGACGGCUCUCUCCAUAAUAACGAUGUUCCAAGUUGAUGCACAAUGCUUUGAAGAACUUGGCAUAUUCAAUCCAAGCACCUUUUACCAUCCAUUUUGGAUCUGCUGGACCUUCUCCCCCGAUCAUAAGGAAUACAGGACCGGGAUUAUUUUUAUCAAAGUAUUUGUCAUUCACGAAAUAGCGCUGAAAUUUUCGUUUUAAGGUUUGAGGGGCUUGUGUGAUCCAACUUUUGCGUAAACCACUUUGCGAUUGGUAAAGGCUCCUCAUCGUAGACGACCGGUACUCCGAGAUUUCCACCUUUGCUUCGGCCCAAACGAAAAUGUUUUGUACCAAUAGUGGAAAGGAUUUGUAAUAGUAUUAGUAUGGCCGUUAGUAUAUUCAUUUUAACUUUAGGUAAUUAGCAUGUACGAAAUAAAUCCCGUUUCACUGCAGAGAUAACUUUAAACAAAAUCUUUGCUUAGAAAAGCAAAACUUUGCAAAGCGAAUGAAACUGCAGAAACGUCUAAACACAGACUAGUUAAAGAUACCACUUAACCUUUAAAAUACUACCACAGAUUACUAAAAUUAUGUCUAACGUCAGAAACAUAUUGACGUUUCGUAGAGGGUCGUGACGUCCG